AUGUCUGGAAGAGGAAAGGGCAGUGGGAAAGGUCGCGCCAAGGCGAAGUCUCGGUCGUCCCGGGCUGGCCUGCAGUUCCCGGUGGGCCGUGUUCACAGGCUCCUGAGAAAGGGUAACUAUGCUGAGCGUGUGGGUGCCGGAGCGCCGGUCUAUCUGGCUGCGGUGAUGGAGUAUCUGACGGCUGAAAUCCUGGAGCUGGCCGGCAACGCGGCCCGGGACAACAAGAAGACCCGCAUCAUCCCCAGGCACCUGCAGCUGGCCGUGCGCAACGACGAGGAGCUCAACAAGCUGCUGGGAGGGGUGACCAUCGCUCAGGGCGGGGUGCUGCCUAAUAUCCAGGCCGUGCUGCUGCCCAAGAAAUCCGCCGCUGGGGGCUCCGCUAAAAGGCAGGUUCACGUUAUCUUGAACUGCAUGUCGGAAGAGCUGAAUUCUCGGAUGCUGCCUGAACUACUGUGCUUUUCCAGCACCACUCUAAUCCAAGCUCUGGUUUCCAGCAUCUGCAGUUACUGAUUCUACCCCGCAGAGCUGAAUUGCCGCAACGCCGCAAAUGUGUGAUGGACCAAGAUAAUGUAAUAUUUCCUCAGUACAAAGCCAAGUAUGACCAUCUGUUUCUACCAACCAGCAGACAAAUACUUGAAGGACCAAGACACAUUCUCUCGGGGCAAAGCCAAGUGUGAUCAGUUCCUUCUAACAAACAGCAGGACAGUGGGGAAUGCAAGAGGAGUGAUUGAAUUUGAUUAAAAUUAAAUACAAUGAAUAAUAGCAUUCAGGAUGUCCCUCAAGAUAAGCUCGACUGACAGAAACCUGAAGGAGUAUAGCAAGUAACAUUGGAAUGUGAACAAAUAGGAGACAUAGAAAGAUCCCAAGGCCGAGCGAUUACAGUAUCUGCUCAUCACCUUGAGAUCAUGUGAACCUGGAGCUGUCCAAUGGAUGCCCAUCAUUGAUUAGGUGUCUCAUAGGAUAGGGUAUGCAGAGUAAGAGGGAGGGACAUAUUAAUCACGUUGUUUGUGAUUGUUCACAGAACGUGUACAAUAAAUAUUGUUUUCUCUUGUAAAAUCAGAGUGUGCCAUGGAUCUCUCUUGAGGCCUGUCUCAGGGGAAGAUCCUUUGGUCCUCUCCCUGCAUUAACCAGCUUCUGCUUGAAUAAAGACCUAUCACUUGCCUGAA